GCUGGCUGGGGAGAGGGAGCAGUCUGGGAAUCACUGGGGGGAGGGAGGGUCACAGGUAUAUCAGAGAGCUCUCCCAUACACUUUAAUUACCUUGCAUGAAUGCUAUACUGUAUACAAAACAUAUAGCACAGAGUUUAAAGAUUCCAAGGAAAGAACACGUGGAAUAGAAGGUUCUAAAGGAAUAUAUUUAUCUGGAAUAAAAGAAUACUGUUUUGGAAAGCUGAUCUGGACUUGUAGGAGAGCAGAGACAUGGAAGAGGAUGCUGGGAAGACCCCACCUGAUGAAGCUUAUGGUGAACCCCGGAAGUAUGAUCCAAACUUCAAAGGUCCGAUCCAUAACAGAAGCUGCACGGAUAUCCUGUGCUGUAUACUUAUUGUACUUGGCAUCAUUGCGUACGUGGCUGUGGGAAUUGUGGCCUGGACCUACGGAGAUCCACGCAAGGUGAUCUACCCCACUGACAGUCGUGGUCAGUUCUGUGGUCAGGCCGGGACCCCCAAUGAGAAGAAACCUUUCCUAUUCUAUUUUAACAUCAUGAAGUGCGCCAGUCCCCUUGUCCUCCUGCAAUUCCAGUGCCCGACAACACAGAUUUGCGUGGACCAGUGUCCGGACAGAUUCCUCACUUACUACUCUGUUAUCGCCACUCAACAAAACUUUGAUUACUACAAACAGUUCUGCAGACCCGGAUUCAAUAACUUUUCAAAGAGUCUGAAUGAGGUGUUGAGAGAUCGAGAUUGUCCUGCCAUGAUUACACCAAGCAAGCCAUUCACCAGAAGAUGUUUCCCGGCAAUUAAUUUAAAAAAGGGGGUUGUGAUGGUCGGAAACUCGACUACAUUUGAUGAUGGGAUAGAUCAAAAAUCGCGAAAUAUUACCGAUCUUGUGGAAGGUGCAAAAAAAGCCAAUAUAGUGUUAGAAGCUCGCCAGGUGGCCAUGAAGAUAUUUGAGGACUACACAGUAUCGUGGUACUGGAUAAUCAUAGGUCUUGUAAUUGCCAUGGUGAUCAGUUUGAUAUUUGUGGUCUUACUGAGGUUCCUGGCUGGUAUUAUGAUCUGGGUGAUGAUUAUAAUGCUGAUUGCUGUGAUGGGCUAUGGAAUCUUUCACUGCUACAUGGAAUAUGCGCGACUGAAGGGAGAGUCGGGGUCAGAUGUCACGAUCACCGAUAUCGGCUUACAGAUGGACCUUCGUGUGUACUUGCACUUACGCCAGACAUGGUUGGCAUUCAUGAUCAUCCUCUGUAUUAUGGAAGUCAUCGUAAUUCUCCUGCUCAUAUUCCUGAGGAAGAGGAUCAUGAUCGCCAUUGCUCUUAUAAAGGAGGCCAGCAGGGCCGUUGGGCAUGUGAUGUCCUCACUGGUGUUCCCUCUAUUUACGUUCUUACUUGUAUGUCUGUGCAUCGCGUACUGGGCCAUCACAGCUGUCUUUCUUUCUACCUCCAAUGACGCAGUUUAUAAAGUGUUUAACCAAACACAAUGUGAUGAUUCUGGCAAUAUCUGCAACCCAGAGACGUUUAACUCCACCAAUGUCACUCGCCUGUGUCCAGAUGCCAGGUGCCAGUUUGCCUUCUACGGAGGAGAAACCUAUUACCACAAAUACCUUAUAGUCUUUCAAAUCUACAAUGCUUUCAUGUUCCUUUGGUUGGCAAACUUUGUCAUAGCACUGGGGCAAGUAACACUUGCUGGGGCGUUUGCCUCCUAUUACUGGGCGUUUAAGAAGCCGGAUGACAUGCCAGCUUUCCCUAUCUUCUCUUCUCUGGGCCGGGCACUGAGGUACCAUACAGGAUCUUUGGCAUUUGGAUCUCUUAUUCUCGCCAUAGUGCAGUUAAUACGAAUCAUGCUGGAAUAUCUGGAUCACAAACUCAAAGGGGCAGAGAAUAAAUGUGCACGCUUCCUCCUUUGCUGCUUGAAAUGCUGCUUCUGGUGUCUGGAGAAGUUUAUCAAGUUUCUAAAUCGUAAUGCAUAUAUCAUGAUAGCAAUAUAUGGCACCAACUUCUGCACAUCAGCUCGAAAUGCCUUCUUCUUGCUCAUGAGGAACAUAAUUCGCGUGGCCGUCCUGGAUAAAGUCACAGAUUUCCUGCUUUUCCUCGGGAAACUUCUGAUAGUAGGUUGCGUGGGUAUUCUUGCCUUCUUCUUCUUUACCCAUCGGAUCCGCAUCGUGCAGGACACGGCGCCAACUCUCAAUUAUUACUGGGUUCCAAUCCUGACGGUGGUUAUUGGAUCCUACCUAAUCGCUCACGGCUUUUUCAGUGUGUAUGCGAUGUGUGUAGACACACUCUUCCUGUGUUUCUUGGAAGACUUAGAAAGGAACGAUGGGUCGACCGAGAAACCGUACUUCAUGGCCCCGAAUCUCCAGAAACUCCUAAACAAAACGAACAAAAGUGCGGACGAAAAAUAGUUCUUGCAUUAUGUUACCUUAGUGUCCUGUUGCCUUCAGCACCAACUAGAAGAGGAGAAUGAGGCCUGACCGUAAUGGAUAUAUUGCUUUGUGUGUGUACAUUUCUAAGGGCUGUAUGUAUAUACACAUGUAUAUGCACUUUUAUUUAUGGAAGCGGGUUUUAGACUUGCAUUUGUAUGUACACUUUAUUACCCAUAUGUAUUUGUGUCGGUAUGAACAUGGAAUUCCUUUUGUACACAUGCUGCUCUGUGCCUACAGAUCAACGUGAUAAUUUACAUAUAUAUGUUAAGCAUACAUACCUUUUUAAAUCAUCAGUAACACGUGUACAUUGUUCACACACGCAAGGCAUACUCUUUUCUCGUCUAUAAACCCAAUCAGCUUUUAUAAAAUCCGUUAACCAAAUGUUAUGCCUCUUGUGGAUCCUGGAAAGUCUACAAUAAGCAAUCGGUGCACAGGUAUUUAUAACAGAGCUUGUGUGAUGUUAACUGGACUAGGUUUAAUUCUAUGUUUCAAGAGUUAUUACCAUUGAAGAUUUUCUGUUUUUGUUUUUUUUUUUUUAUAUUUGCAUGACGAUUUGUGCGUUUUUGUAUCUGUAUAUAUAAACAUAACACAGGCUGAAAUGUUUACGAAAAAUACCAAAUGUUACUAGGCGAAUAAGUAUUUGUAUAAAAUUGUCCCUCGAUCAAUGUAUUGAAUGAAGCAAAAAAUAAUAAACGCAGAUUUUUUUUUGUA